AUGCCUCCCCUUCCAGGAUUCUCAGACAACCCCCUCCGCACCCGCUCUGACGUGAUCCGCGCGACCCUUGCCUUCUUGAAGCCCCUUCUGCCGUACUUCUCCCCAGGCAAGGCCCGGAUCCGAAUCCCGUCUGCCACGGGAGCGCAUUUCGACGACACUGCCGCCCAGCUCGAGGGCUUUGCCCGGCCGCUCUGGGCCGUCGGCGCGCUACUCCUCGGGCUCGAAUCCACCACUGCACACAAUCCGGCCCUGGCAAGUGAGAUAGUGCAAACGAUACAGCCAUGGAUCCUCGGCUUUGUCGCAGGGGCUGAUCCCACCACGUACCCGACCGAGUACUGGGGCACCAUCGAAGGGAUAGACCAGCGGAUGGUCGAGGCGGAGAUCCUCUCCUUCGCGCUCCUCGCAGCGCCACAACAAAUUUACGACCCGCUGUCGGAGAAGCAGAAGGAGAAUGUGCGCAACUGGCUGAGGCAGCUGCACGACCAGCCCAUGCCGCUCAACAACUGGCGCUGGUUCCGCGUGUUUGCCAACCUCGCCCUAUUCAAGGUCUGCGGGGACCCGCUGGAGGGUCCGGUAAAGGAGCACAUCGAGGCUGACUUGCAAAUCCUUGAUGGGUUUUAUCGCGAGGACGGGUGGUCUGGCGACGGCCCUUGGUCGACUGCUGCGGAACAAGAGGCGGAGUCGGAGGCGAUGAGCGGAGGUCCUGCGACUGACGGCCAGCCAUCAGUCAAGAAGAGGAGGGAUCUGUUCAUGGGUGGGAGGAGGCACGCCGAUUACUACUCGGGCAGCUUUGCGAUCCAGUUCAGCCAGCUCCUCUUUACGCGCUUCGCCGGAGACGUGUGGCCUGAGCGUGCCGAGAUGUAUCGCGCGCAGGCGAGAGACUUUGGAAGAGGAUUUUGGCGGUAUUUUGAUGCCGAUGGUGCGGCCAUCCCAUUCGGCAGGUCUCUCACAUACCGCUUCGCCUGCGGGGGUUUCUAUGCCGCUCUGGCGCUCGCCAAAGUUGCAGAUAUGCCCGGCUCGGCCAUAAGCCCUGGUGAGAGCAAGGGCUUCCUGCUCCGACAUCUCCGGUGGUGGGCGCGCAACUCGGAGAAUAUCUUUCAUGUCGACGGCACUUUCAAUAUUGGGUGGCUAUAUCCUAACUACUACAUGGCGGAGGACUACAACUCCCCGCAGUCUCCAUACUGGGCACUCAAGUCGCUCAUCGCCAUCGGACUCCCUGAAGACGACCCGUUCUGGACCACCGAAGAGCUACCAUACCCACAACUCAGCUCACGAUGCGCACCUGCACGGCCAGACCCGGGUAACCACAGCAGCGGCGUCAGUGGGAUCGCGUAUCUCCCGGGCCCGCAGCAGAUCCUAUGCAACCAUCCGUCCUCGAACCAUCAUUUUAUGCUUACCCCGGGCCAGUUCGUCCCGUGGCCAAUGAAGGCAACCCAGGCGAAAUACUGCAAGUUCGCGUACUCUUCGGCAUUCACAUUCUCUGUCCCCACAGGCCCGCUUAUACAACAGAUCGCGCCGGAUAACUGUCUCGGGCUGAGCCGCGACUGUGGGGAGAGCUGGGCCGUCAAGUGGAAGUGUGAAGAGGUGUGCGCUUCCACGAUACGGCUUCCCACUGAGCCCUUGGGCGCCGGUGGCCCCGACCCAGAGGACGUCCCCAUCGCGACGGUAAAGUGGUACCCCUGGCCGGCUGACCGGUGCGUGUCCGUCACCACGACCCUCGUCCCGCCGACGGACCGCUGGCCAGACUGGCAUGUACGGGUGCACAGGAUCGUCGUGCAUGAGGACCUGGAGACACUCCAUACCGUCGAGGGCGGGUUCGCGAUCAACGACCGCCGCAAGGCUGAUGGCCGGCCACUGUCUGCGUUUGAAGGCGAUGAGGCCUUGUCAAAAGCGCUUGGACAUGAUUUGAAGCCCGAGUUUGGCGCCCUGGAGGGUGUAUUCACAGACAAAGAGCGAAAAUCGGUGUUAGUGGCCUCGUCGGCGGGUAUGAGCGGUCUUGUCUCGCAUUCGGCAGUCGUCACAAGUGCCGCGUCGUCAUUUUCGUCGGCGUUGGCGCAGCUUGAUACCGAGGUCUACGCUCUGAAGCCUGAUUCCAAUACCAACCUCGCCUGCCAGAGGACCUUGAUUCCGGCAGUGGACCACAGCGCUGGUGUACGGCUUCCGAAGGGGACGGAGUUGCUGUUCGUACAGUCUUUCUUCGCGGUUUCUGCUGGAGUAUACGGCAGAAUGGAGAGUGUAGGCGGUGAUCAGGGGACACUUGCACCAGAUAGAAAAGCAGUUGGGGCCAGGUGGAUGGAUGCCCCUGACCCGGAUGCGAUUCUCGGAGCGCUUGCGCGGUCCUAAGAGGCAUAGCCUACAAAACGCAUGAGUAUCGGCUGAUUCGCAUCAAAACAGAUCAAUUAGAAAGCGAGCACCUUCAGCUAUCAAGAUCCAGAUGAUCAGGAUUGAAAAUCUUUAAAAUUUAGGAAAGUGGCCAACGAUAGAU